GGGAAGGGAGAGAGGGAGCGCGCCCCAUGGAGUCCAUCUCGGCCUGCCUCGCUCGUCUCUCGUCCUCCCUUUGCUUCAGUGGGGAGGAUGCCGUGCUCUUCUUCACUUCUCAUAGAGGAGCGGGGAGGGUGUCGAUGUGGUACUUGCUGUACCGCGAAAUGGCCGCAUUGUGCCUCCUCGUCUCCUUCCUGAUCGUGCUGGAAGACUGGCCGAAGCCCACGUGGACGAACCUGGCCUUCUGGACGGACGCGGCCGUCUGCCUGGACGCGUGGAUUCAGUUCCUCUUGGUCUGGUGGGGCAAGAAGCGCGAUCUUCGCGUCGCC